AAGAGGAAAAUGUUAACAUUAUUUUUGAUAAGCUUCUGUGUACAAACGGUCCGUUUAUUACGUCACAAAAUGGCGGUUGGUUCGAACGGAUUGAGGCGCGCAAGUGUUAGACGCCCCGCAGUGUAAAUGUCAACAUCUGUCAGUUCACAAACGGAGUUAAAAUGUCAGCGGAGGUGAAUAAUGUGUCGAGAGUGCUGAAAUUGGCUCAGAAAUUCAACUGUUUCUAUUUGUCAGGACUGAAAUCGUUGGAAUGCAAGCCGUUCGUGGUGGAGGGCUGUCAGGUGGGCCUGGUCCGGCCGGACGUCAUGAAACAACUGCUCCGCUAUCCCGAGGUGUUCCAGGUGUCGCCGGGCUGUGUCGAGCUCAAUCCCGCGUUCAGAGACUACGAGGAGCGCAGCAAUAAGGUCGACGAAGUGCUUAAGCAGCUGAGGGCUGAGAACGCGUUCAUCGCCCUCAAAGGCUGGAGGGAUGAGUGUUACGAGGUGAAAACGCAGUUCAAUUCAAAGAGCCUGCUGAAGAUGGAUAGAUCGGCAACAUGUCUGUUCGGCAUUAGGAAUUACGGUGUAGAUAUAAACGGUUACGUCAGACAUCCGACAUUGGGGCUGUGUCUUUGGUUGCAGAAGAGGUCAGCCACCAAACAAACCUGGCCAGGUAAAUGGGACAAUAUGGUUGGAGGCGGGCUAUCUGUCGGUCACGGUAUCCUGGAAACAGCCUACAAAGAGGCCAUGGAAGAGGCGUCGGUCCCGUCGAAUCUACUAACGAGACUCACCAGUGCCGGCUGCGUGUCGUUCUAUUUCGAAUCCGAAAGGGGCCUGUUCCCCAACACCGAAUUCGUCUACGAUCUGGAACUGCCGGUCGAAUUCACGCCGGAGAACGCGGACGGGGAGGUGGAGACGUUCGAACUGUUGCCGGCGAACGAGUGUUUGGAGAAGAUGUUCACGCCCGACUUCAAAACCACCAGCGCCCCGGUUGCUUUGGACUUCCUCAUCAGACACGGCGUUAUCACGCCGGAAAAUGAGAAGGAAUUCCUGAAGAUAAUCGAGCUAUUACACGUUCCUUUACAGUCGAUUUACGAGCGUUACGAGCAAUCAAAACAACGUAUUAAAGAGAACGGCAACAGCGGUCUAAAGCUAGAACAACGUGUUAAUUAACCUUUACGUGGAACUGAUCGCCAAAUUUGAACAUAUGACGUAACCUGUAGUUUAUAUAAAGAAAAAUGUUGGUGAUAUGUAUACAAUUUAAAAGUAAAAUGUUUAAAAAUAUCCAA